AGAAAAAGAAGAGACAAAAAAUUGACAAAGAAAUUGGAAAUGAGCUUUUUGCUCCCGGCGCUCCAUUCUAAAAAGAAUAUUGACGAUGUCAUCCGAAACACCACAGAUAAGAUAGUUGUUCUUCGCUUCGGUCGACAGUAUGAUGUUACUUGUCUUCAGCUGGACCAAAUACUGGAGAAGAGUUCGGCAGAUGUUGGAAACAUGGCCGUGAUUUAUACUGUGGAAGUUGACAGUGUUCCUGUGUACAGACGAUACUUUGACAUCACUCUUAUCCCAUCCACCAUCUUCUUCUUCAACUCACAGCACAUCAAAGUUGACUGGGAGACUGCAGACCACACUAAAUUCAUUGGAAGUUUCAAGUGCAAACAGGAUUUCCUAGAUGUUGUUGAGGUGAUUUACCGGGGUGUGAUGAAGGGAAAAGUCAUGAUCCGAAGUCCUCUUGAUCCUCGUGAUGUUCCCAAGUAUGAACUCAUCUAUAAGGAUAUAUGAGGAUUCUUCUUCAACACAAGUGUCCUAUGAAUGACUUUACAAGGACAAGGUUGUCUGAAGUACUAGUUCUACACCACAAGUGUCCUUUGAAUGAGUUUAAAAGGAAAAGACUAUCUGAAGUACUAGUUCUACAACACAAGUGUCCUAUGAAUGACUUAACACGGACAAGGUUGUCUGAAGUAUUAGUUCUACAACACAAGUGUCCUAUGAAUGACUUAACGAUGACAAGACUGUCUGAAGUAUUAGUUCUACAACACAAGUGUCCUAUGAAUGACUUUACAAAGAAAAGGAUGUUUGAAGUGUUAGUUCUACAAAACACAAAUUCUGUAAGAAUGAGGUCAUCUAAAAGGAGAGUUGUUGACUACGACUCAAAAGAACAGCAGAACAAUGAACGAGUAUCCGAAGUACAACAUUGCUGAGUCAAGAAUACAAGAACGUACUUAUGUGCUUCUGAAAGCCAAUGAAACGGGAUGAAAAAUUGUGACCACAUUACAUUUAAAUAAAAACUGUCAGAAACAUA